GACAUACUCUUCCCGCCACCACCACGCAGAGAUCAUCCAGGAAGGCUUCAUUGCAACCAAGAAGAAAAGAUGGUUCUCUCAGAGGACGAAUUCAAUAGGCUUUACAAAGUCAGAGGGAUAGUGAUGCACAUGCUGUCGAUUAGGGGUUAUCUCGUUACAGACUUUGAGAUUAACAUGUCGAAGAAUGAAUUCAGGCAUAAAUUUUCUGAGAACAUGAAAAGGGAGGACCUCGUUAUCAAUAAAGCUAAGAAAGAUAAUAGCUCCGACCAGAUCUAUGUUUUUUUCCCUGACGAAGCUAAGGUUGGAGUUAAGACAAUGAAGACAUACACCAACCGCAUGAAAUCAGAGAAUGUAUUCAGAGCAAUCUUGGUUGUUCAACAGAAUUUGACUCCGUUUGCCCGGAGCUGUAUUGCUGAAAUAUCUUCAAAAUUUCACUUGGAGGUUUUUCAGGAAUCAGAACUACUGGUCAACGUAACAAGCCAUGACCUUGUUCCUCGUCAUGAGGUGCUUACUGACUUGGAGAAGAAAACGUUACUCGAGAGAUAUACUGUGAAAGAAACUCAGCUUCCUAGAAUUCAGGUCACUGAUCCGGUUGCUAGAUAUUUGGGAAUGAAAUGUGGACAGGUUGUUAGGAUCAGUCGAAAAAGUGAAACUGCUGGCAUAUAUAUAACCUAUCGAUACGUCGUAUGAUUAACCUGAUGAUUCUAUUAGAUAUGUUCAAAACUAAAUGUUUGAAUUAGACGUUUCUCUGAACUUUGAUUUAAUCCUGAUGUUGUCCUUUCAAAUUUAACAUUUAUUACCAUAUAACAUAAUUGAUCUUAUGGCAAUGUGGCAAAAAUAAAAUGUUGUAACGACACAAAAAAUUAAGUAGAUCUUGU